UCGAUUCCAUCUGUAGUAUAUCCUGGUCCUGAACAAUAACGCAAAGGAUGAAUGACGUCGCGAGAGCUGGGUAACUUCCCGGUUCGCUUCGGACAAGCAGUCCGUGAGUCGGCGUAUGUCUGCUUAAAACCGAUUGCUUAUUGCAUACUGUACUCAACGUUCACGUUCGGACGCCUUCAGAUUAUGGUCCGCUCGACAGAUACCGACCUUGGUGACGGGUCAUGCAUCACAGGGCCUCGGAGAUUGCCCGUCUUGUCACUGCUUGGGGCGGAGAUCUCGCAACAAUGAGGCAACCAGCGACACCUGGGCCAACCCAUGAUCUAGGAAUCCGGGAGCCCGAUGUUUCGGAAACGGGCAAAUCAUCCGACAAGACCACUUGGGGUUGUGUUUGUGCGCGGCUGAAGACCCAGAACUCCCCGCUCGUGUUUGUUGGUGCUCGCUUGUGGCUGGAGGUCAAUUUGUGAUGCACACAAUGCCCGAUCCUUCGGAUGGGUUCUCACCGCGCAUCAAGACCCGAAUCUCCCAGUCGUGCUUUGCCUUCGGCGCAGCAUGACACGGCUCCACGCUAAAGAGGGAUUGACCAGGCUGGAUGCGACCAUGCGUCUUCCAAAAUGUGAUGAUCGCCUUUUGAGGAACCUGAUCGCGUCGAUGGGAGACCCAGUGGAGGGGGCUGGAUGACCUGCAGACCAGGGGUAGGGCAAAUGAAGCGGGUCACAAAAGGGGGAAAGGAAAAAGGAAAGAUAGAAAUAAAGGGGGCAAGUGGGGGAAGUGAGGGAGAUGAGGUAAAGACCAAAGAGGCAAGGAACGGCAAAGAUCUGGUCAAAAGAUGACGAGAAUUGGAAAAGAUGAUAAAGGAAUCACUAAGUAGAC